CAACAUCAUAAUAUAUAUACAUACCAAAUGGCUGCCUCUGUUCAAUUUUUCCCCGUCUACCCACCACCCUCCGAUCAACAUCCUCACCCUCCACCGCAUCACCCGCUUCAACCACCGCCUCCUUCCUACAUUUCCCCACCUCCUCCCCAUCACCCACUUCAGCCCCCGCCUCCUGCCCACUUUGUUCCUACACCACCACCUAGUCCUCAUUUCCCACCGCCACCUUAUCCUCGUCCCCAUCAUCCACCGCCUCCACCUCACGUUCUUCCACCACCUAGUCCCCAUUUCCCACCGCCUUCACCUCACGUUCUUCCACCACCACCGCCACCGGGGCACCAUUCAACUGUUAUCGUUGUGGUUGUUGUCUCUCUUGGCAGUUUGUUUUUUCUUGCAUUCCUCGCUGCUGCUCUCUUCUGCUAUGUCAAGAAAAGAAGAAGGUCUUCUGAGAAGACUGAAAUCACCAAGUUUGAUGAACACCUCAAAGUCGAAGAAGUCAUAGUGCCAGGACCCCAUGGCGAACCAACGAGAGUGGUCAUGAUUGAGGAAGACAUUCAUUUGGAAGAGGAUAUUCAGAAGGCUGAAAUGUUUAGCCGAGCUCCUCACCUUAGUUCAACUGGAGGACAUGCCAUUGAUAUAUCAGAGCCAAAUCAUCACCUUGUGGAGCACAAGUCCUAACUCAGGAAACGGAAAACACUGAGAUACGAUCAUUCCUAAAUGUAAUCUAAAUAAUAAUAAUGACAAUAUAUUGUAUCAAAACUUAAAACUUCAAAUUAAACUUAUCAGCGCUCUGCUUUUCGCCAGGUUA